AUGUGCGUGUUUGUAGUCCGAUGUGUUUGCGGAGGCAAAGGCGGUGCUCCGUGCCGCCAGUGCCCGCGAACAUCUCCGUUAAUCCAGGGCCAUUUACCAUUUACAUUUUCUACCGUCUCUGCCUCUAAGACUGUUGUGGAGCGGUGUCUGUUUGAAGAGAACCAUGGUCGGCCAUCUUGGACCAAAUUGAGGAGGGAGGCCUGGAUCUCCACAGCUGUAUAUGGACUGGGUCGACCCAUACAGGAAUUCGGUCUCGCCAGGUUUAAAAGUAACCAAGCUAAAGCCAUGAGAGGGCUGGAGUACUCUCUCUCCAAGCUACAGACUAGUGACCAGGGAGAGUCAUCAGAGAAGCAAAAGCCCCUCCCACCACAAGCCACGCCGACCCCCAACCAGAAACCCAAACAGUUUGUCUGAACCUCAGUAGGAACAACAAGCCCACAAUAGAGAUUGACAGACCAUGUGACUUUUGCGCAUUGCAUGCCGGGAACUCGUGGCAAAACAAUCCAAGUACCGCAUCAAAUGCAAGUAUUUGCAGCACUG